AUGAAACAUAGGUUCGAUGAGCAGGUGGAGGCACUCAAAGCCAGGUGCGAGAAGAAGGAGAGCUCGUUUGACGAUGGCGACUUGGGAGAAUCGCCAUUCACCUCGGAUAUUAUGGAAGCUCCAAUCCCUCCAAAGUUCAAAACUCCCACUAUGAAGCCAUAUGACUUUCAAGCGGCGACAGACGCAAUCAAAUGCCGCGCCUUCCAGAUCGCGUUCACCGGCAGCGCGCGCCUGUGGUACCGAAGACUGCCGGCCAGGUCGAUCUCAACCUACUCCCAGCUAAGGAAGGAGUUCAUCAGUCAGUUCUCCUCUCGGCACUAUGACAGAAAGACAGCGACUCACCUUGCCACCAUCAGGCAGAAGGAAGGAGAAACGUUGAGAGAAUAUGUCACAAGGUUCCAAGAGGAGUAUCUGAAGGUCGUGCACUGCUCCGAUGAUUCGGACAUGUGCUACUUCCUCACUGGCCUGGCCGAUGAGACCUUAACCAUAAAACUUGGAGAGGAGGCUCCAGCCACCUUCGCCGAAGUAUUGCAAAAAGCGAAGAAAGUCAUUGAUGGGCAGGAGCUCCUCCGAACCAAGACCAGCCGACCUGAAAAGCAGAUCGAUCAGAAAAAACUCAGCCAAGAGAAGAGGAGAACUGAUGUCAGGUCCAAAGAUAAAAGACCAUCCUCCUCCAGUAGCAGAAUAGAGUACCGUAGGUAG